AAUGCCACUACCAAAUCUACCACUUCUAACUACAACUUCUUGUCUUUUCACUCUUUCUUUUCUCUCUUUUUCCUCAAUAAUUCUUCCCACUAAUUUUAUUGUUAAGCCAUAUAAUUGUGAUCAAAAGUUGAUUACUUUGUAAGAACUAUUUAUAGUAAGGCAUAUAUAUAAGUGUUUACUAUAGAUAGUGCAGGAAAGAGUUUGUAGAGUGAUUAAUAGAAGAUUAGUUAACCAAAAAAAUGGGUGUUCAAGGAACUUUGGACUAUUUGUCAGACUUGAUAAGCAGUGCAAAGAAGGGAAAGAAAAGGAAGCAAUUAAACACGGUUAAUCUCAAGGUUACAAGAAUUGAUUGUGAAGGUUGUGCUAUGAAAAUGAAGAAAGCUCUUUCUGGUCUCAAAGGAGUAAAAUCAGUGGAUGUGGAUAUGAAACAACAAAAGGUGACAGUGACAGGAUUUGUGGAAGCAAAAAAAGUGUUGAAAGCAGCGAAGUCAACAAAGAAGAAGAUUGAGUUAUGGCCUUAUGUGCCUUACAAUAUGGUUCCACACCCUUAUAUUGCUGGUGCUUAUGACAAAAAAGCCCCUGCUAAUUUUGUUAGGAAAGUUGAAGAUUCUAUGACUCCUUUGGAAGAACAAUAUACUACCAUGUUUAGUGAUGAAAAUCCUGAUGCUUGUACUAUUAUGUGAUUGAUUUUUAAUUCUAUGUUAGUUUAAUUAUAUAUGUAUAUAUGCAAUAUGGUAUGUAGUUUUUGAUGGUUUUGUUUAAUUUCUUGUUUGAUCUGUAAAAAUUGUUGGAUUAGUCAAUUAGUGUAGAUACUUGCUAGCAAAAGAGUAGAUGUGUCGGCUUUUCAGUGUAUGUUAAGGCAUCGAGUUCUUGAUUAUGGUGUUUUAAGUGCUCCCCUCGAAUAGAAUAUAUCCUUGAAUGUAAUUCUUAGUUAAUUACUUGUAAAAAAAAAAAAAAAUAUGUUGUUCUAUGGGCUUUAUUGAUAGUGUUAUAAUUUUCCUCUCGAGCAGAAUAUAUCCUUCAA